AUGUCUUUCACGUACCAGCGCAUGAAGAUGCGGGCGACUACCAUCGCGGUGGACCACAUGCGCAGCUUUUGUGACGGCUGCAACCUCGUCCUUGGCGCCGUCACGCAUCCAUUCAAGCGGCUUAUCGGACGGGUGAAGGCAGAGGCGCCAUGGGUGAACACAGCUGUGGCCUGCACCUUCAUCACCAUACUCCCUCUCAUUUUUUAUCCGUACAUCAAGAAGUACGUCUUCAAUGACGAGCGCGCUGCCGCCGAGGCGGAGCGCGUGCGGCUGUGCCUGCAGAAAGGCAUUGACCCGUACCCGUACAUGCGCCACAAGGACUUUGUGUACGGCAACUCAGCCCCCGUGCUGGCCAACGAGGAGCAAAUUCCAAAGCGAAUCGGCUGGGAAUUCAACGCACUGGAGAAUUACUACAAGAGGAAAGAAGAGCUUCGGCAGGAGGUGGGCGGCAACAUCGAUGACACUGUACAGAAGUUGAUGGAGCUCAAGAGAGAACACCGGGGCAUGUACGACAGGAUGCGCGGCAAGCCAGGUACGGAGCCGCGCGAUCUCAUCUUCCGCGGCAGCAGCGAAGGGGACAAACUCACGUUGUAG